AUGCGGGGCUCGGAGACUUUGUUGGCCGUGUUUGCGGUGCUCUCGGUCGGACUGAGGAGCUCCGGAGCUCCGGGGGAGCUGGGGGGAGGCGCGGCCGGGGUUCGGAGCUCCGGACCGGCGGCUCGGUCCACCUGUCCGGACCGGUGUCGGUGUGAAGAGGACGGGCUGCUGCACCGGACCGACUGCUCGGACCGGGGGCUCCGGGAGGUUCCGAACAACCUGAGCGUCUUCACGUCCUUCCUAGACCUCAGUAUGAACAAUCUGACCCACAUAUCCAGCGGGGUUUGGUCCAAGCUGCACUUCCUGGAGGAGCUACACCUGGAUGCUAAUCACAUCUCCAGCGUUCCGCCCGGAUCUUUCUCGGGCCUGCGUUCGCUUCGCCACCUCUGGUUGGACGACAACUCUCUGACGGAAGUCCCAACGGCGGCUCUGAGCGAGCUGUUGACGCUCCAGGCCAUGACGCUCGCCCUCAACCACAUCAGCCAUGUCCCCGACCACGCCUUCAGCCGGCUGGGCCGCCUGGUGGUGCUGCAUCUCAACAACAACAGGAUCGUUUCCAUGGGAACCAGCUGCUUCCACGGACUCCGGAGUCUGGAGACGCUAGAUUUGAACUACAACAGCCUGGUGGAGUUCCCCUCGGCCAUCCGCUCCCUCAGCCACCUCAAAGAGCUUGGUUUCCAUAGCAACAACAUCCAGUCUAUUCCGGAGCACGCCUUUACGGGGAACCCAUCGCUGAUCUCCAUUUUGUUCUACAACAACCCGAUCCAGUCUGUCGGACGCUCGGCCUUCCAGAACCUGCCGGAGCUUCGAACCCUAUCUCUGAACGGAGCUGCGAACCUCACCGAGUUCCCAGACCUGACGGGAACCAAAAGUCUGGAGAGCUUAACCAUCACUGAAGCUCGCAUCACGGAUCUGCCCCCCUCCAUGUGUGAUCAGCUUCCAAACCUGCAGCUGCUGGACGUCUCGUAUAAUCGGAUCCAGGUUGUCCCGAGCUUCUCCGGCUGCGAGAGCAUCCAGAAGAUUGAUCUGCACCAUAACCACAUCGAGGAGCUGGAUGAGAACACCUUCACCUGUCUGAUGUCGCUGCGCUCGCUGGAUCUGUCUUCAAAUCGAUUGUCCUCCGUGAAGCCGAACGCUUUCUCUGUUCUGCCGGCACUUUCCAAACUCGACCUGUCGUCCAAUCAGCUGUCCUCCCUGCCUCUGACCGGCCUGCAGAGUCUGACCCACAUCCGACUGGCUGGAAACGAUCAGCUGACCGACUUAAUCCCCCGAGAAGACCUGCCACGAGUCAGGGUGAUGGAGCUUUCUUACGCCUUUCAGUGCUGCGCCUUCGUCUCCUGUGAGAAGAGAGGAGGAGGAGGAGGUUUGUCCUGGGAGAGGGACGAGGCAGUGGACUCGACAGGAGGAGACGCUCCUGUCCUCUCCAGUCAAGUGGACCAGGACUGGGAGGACUUCCUGCUGGAGUUUGAAGACGAGCCAAAACCUCGACACUCGGUUCACUGCAGUCCAACUCCAGGGCCGCUCCAUCCCUGCCUCCGUCUGCUCGGCAGCUGGAUGGUCCGAGGCGGGGUGUGGCUCAUCGCAGCCGUCUCAUUGGUCAGCAACGGUCUGGUCAUCCUGUCCGUCUUCUUUUCUCCGGUCAGCACGGUCACGCCCCCCAAGCUGCUGAUUGGUCUGCUGGCUCUGGUGAACGGCCUGAUGGGAGUGUGGAGCAGCUGGUUGGCGGCGGUAGACGCCUGGACGUUCGGCAGCUUUUGGAGGUUCGGGGUCAGGUGGGAGAGCAGCUUCCUGUGUCGCCUCAGCGGCUUCCUGUGCGUGUUUGCGUCUCAGACCGGACUCUUCCUGCUGACCCUCGCAGCUUUGGAGCGAUGCCUGUCGGCUAACGGAGCAGCACGGAGCAGUAAGCCUGACGGCAGGAACGGUCGCUCCUCAUCGUCACUCUUCCUCCAUCUGUCGAUCUGUCUGUGUUUCCUGUUUGGCAUCGCCGUCACGCUGCCGCCGCUGAUGAACGGGCAAAGCCGCACCUCCUUUUGUUUACCCCUGCCUUCCUCCUCCUCCUCCCUGGCAUUCUCCGUCUUCCUGGUACUCUUUGACUCCCUUUGUUUCCUCCUCAUGACGCUCGCCUACAUUCGUCUGUACUGCCGCUCCAGCAAAGCCCCGCCCACUUCAGAAGAGGAGGUAGCGUUGACUCGUCACGUUGCCUGGCUGCUCUUCUCCGAUUGCCUCCUCUACCUCCCCAUGGCCUUCCUCUCCUUCUCCUCCCUCCUGCAGCUUCCUGUCGCCGGGCCGGAGGCCGCAAAGGGCGUCCUGUUGCUCGUGGUGCCGCUUCCCGCCUGCGUCAACCCGCUGCUCUACCUGCUCUUCAGCCCACUCGCCAGGGAGGAGCUGGUGGCGCUGACCAAAUGUACCUGCAUGGGAGCGUUCACUCUGAAGCUCCGACAAAGAAGAGAAGCUGAAGAACAGCGGCUGGACUCAACGUACGACGACGAUGCUGAGAAACAGUCGUGUGACUCGACGCAGGCACUGGUGGCUGCUGGAGGCGUGAAGGAAGAAGAAGAGGGGGAGGGGCGAGGAAGAGGAGGGACCCAACGAUCAGGUGCGCUUGUUGUCGUACGUCACUAAAUGAAUCCACACGAAGGUUUGAAGUUCUCACGUCACGACAGCUCCAUCA